GACAACAGGCUAAAUCAUUUUAUUUCCCCCAGACUGAACAAUUUCCCUCCAGAUUAUUGCAGGGGUUACGCCGUGGGAAAAUUUCCUUCACUCUCAGCACAACAAUGGCUGCUUCUUCUUCUUAUAGCAGUGGUAGCAACGCCUACGACGUCCCUUGGGUUGAGAAGUAUCGACCUACCAAGGUCGUCGACAUCGUCGGUAAUGAAGAUGCCGUCUCCAGGUUCCAAGUUAUUGCUCGCGAUGGCAAUAUGCCAAAUUUAAUAUUGGCGGGUCCUCCUGGUACUGGGAAAACCACUAGUGUACUAGCGCUUGCACAUGAGCUUCUGGGACAAAAUUUCAAGGAAGCUGUUCUCGAGCUAAAUGCGUCAGAUGAUAGAGGAAUUGAUGUUGUGCGGAACAAGAUCAAGAUGUUUGCACAAAAGAAAGUGACACUGCCUCCUGGGCGACACAAAAUAGUAAUACUGGAUGAAGCUGACAGCAUGACAUCAGGAGCUCAGCAAGCUUUGAGAAGGACUAUGGAAAUAUAUUCAAAUUCCACUCGUUUCGCUCUUGCAUGCAAUACAUCAUCUAAAAUUAUUGAACCAAUUCAGAGCAGAUGUGCUAUUGUGCGAUUUUCUCGAUUAUCAGACCAAGAAAUACUUGGCCGUCUCAUGGUAGUGGUUGAGGCUGAAAAGGUCCCAUAUGUUCCUGAAGGCCUUGAAGCGAUCAUUUUCACCGCGGAUGGUGAUAUGAGGCAGGCGUUGAAUAACUUGCAGGCAACACACAGUGGGUUCCGAUUUGUUAACCAAGAAAAUGUAUUCAAGGUCUGUGACCAACCACAUCCAUUGCACGUGAAAAAUAUGGUGCGUAAUGUGAUUGAAGGAAACUUUGAUGAGGCUUGCGUGGGCCUCAAGCAACUGUAUGAUUUGGGAUACUCGCCCACUGAUAUAAUCACAACACUUUUUCGUAUAAUAAAAAAUUAUGAUAUGGCUGAGUACCUGAAGCUGGAAUUCAUGAAGGAAACUGGGUUUGCUCAUAUGAGAAUUUGUGACGGAGUUGGCUCUUAUCUUCAGCUCUGUGGUCUGUUAGCUAAGUUUUCUCUAGUUCGUGAAACAGCCAAAGCUGUUUGAGAUGACCCUUGAUACAACUGAUUUUCUCAUCAUUCUGCCACUUGGACAUUCGGAUAGUGAAAAUGUUCCUGUUCAGAUGCUUGAGUGAAUUAGUAUUACUUCAGCCUAAAAAUUGAAUGUUUUGCUUGAGCUGAUGAAUCUUUGUUACGUAUAAUAUUUAGAUAUGAUAUCCUUGUUCUGUGUUCCAA